CUUCGACUUGAGGAAUUCCAGCCCAGCGCGCCAUAAUACACAAUAAGAUCUUUUAUUUUUAUUUUUAUAAAAAAGACCCUCCUUCAGCCCUUGAUACUUCAGCUAUCAUCUCUUCUUCUGUGCAGCAGCUUCUUAAUCAUUUGUGACCUCCGACAGCAGCUGUUGAUGAGCCCUGGCCGAGAAAAUCAUAUAUAUGCCAGAGCAUGCACGAAAGCCAACCCCUCUUUUGGUCCCUGUCUCGUUCCUCUCUAGUGACAAACGCCAGUCCCUGUGGCCUGUGAUCCACCACUUCUCCCACAGCCCUUGAGCUUGCCCAAUUUCAUCAUCCAGACGCCCAACCGGAUAUCGAUACGUGUACUCACCACCCGCGCCUCUCAUCCUCGGCGAAACCACAUUCCGAAGAAAUAAUCUCACUUGGCGGCUGGUCGCCAUGCCCUUCCAUGGCCGCCCGUCUGACGCUUGUGGGCCUUGCCGAAAGGGAAGAUUGAGGUGUGAUCGCAUCCGGCCAUCUUGCACCCAAUGCAUGCGCAAGUCCAUAAUCUGUUUUGGUUACAGAAACGUUACACUGCUCCUCUUUAAAGAUGAGUCGGAGUCAACAGCUCGGAAAGUCCAGUGGGAAAAGAACGGGGAACUCUAUCCUCUAACUCUUCCGAGGCAAAGGCACGAGCAUGAAUUCUCCACUGUCGUAGGCUUCAACACUGCAGAUAUCAUGCCAUCGCCGACACGUUCUCUCACGCCUUCCCAUGACGAACUAGCGGUCGGUUAUUUUAUGUCCUCUUACGUCCCAGCUUCGCCCUUCUACUAUCUUCCUGAGAUAUACAACCCCACAGCAUCAACCGCGCAAGAUGCUGUAUCCUCGGCUGUCCUGGCUGCCUCAUUUGCAAGCCUCUCGCUCCAUGUCGGCAGCGGACAGCUCAUGGACAAUGCCCGCAUACACUACUCGAAAGCCCUCGCUCAAACAAACGCGGCGCUUGCUUCCUCAAAUACGGCUGUACUUGAUAGCAGUCUUAUUUCUGUCCUCACACUAGGUCUUUACGAAGCCAUUGCGUUCUCUAGCCGUCGGUCGCCCACAAGCUGGACGGCUCAUACACUCGGAGCUGUUCAACUCAUCCGACUGCGGGGCACCAAAUAUCUGAAGACAGAUCUAGGCAGUAGACUUUUCUUGCAGACAUGCAACAACAUCCGCAGUAGCUGUCUCCAACGGGCGGUACCCAUACCGGACGAGUUCCUGCAGCUAUACGAGGAAGCUGAGCCCUUUCUCGAUCCCCAUAUUCCUAACGUGCGGCUUGGCCCUUUGCUCGACAAAAUGAUCAGCUUAAAGGUGCGAUUAUGGAAGGGAGUCCCCGACGAGAGAAUAUCAGGAGUUAUCCACGAGACACUGCACCUAGAGGAAGAGGCAAAGGCACUGCAGGACAUGCUACCGGACAGCUGGCGCUACCAAGUCAGGCCGCCCCAUAUGACUCCACGAUGGGCGUAUCAGGGCCAUGCUCAUCAAUAUCCCGACCACCGCAUGGCCCGGCACUGGAACAUUCUACGAGCCACACGGUUAUUCAUGAACGAGGUAGUCUGGCGUUUGGCGGGGUUUGUUGCUAGAUCUAAGGAGCAGGCAAAGCCUGAGAUGUCCCGAUAUUUCAAAGAUCUCGACACCAGAGCUCUUCAAGCCACAGCUGAGGCCAACCGCACUCAGAUCGUCACCAACAUACUCGCGAGUGUACCGCAUUUCCUUGACGAGAAUGGCACUACGUUUGGCUCAGCCGCACGGUUUCUGAUUUGGCCGUUGACCAUCGUGGCGGAGAGGACGACGGCGCCGGAGCCAGCACGACGGUACGCUGUCUGGUGUCUAUAUGAGAUAGCGAGGCAGGCGAGGAUCCCGCAAGCGUUGCUUGCUGCAGAAGCAGUUGAGUCCGGGUCUUCUACUGAUUGGAUGCAUUUAUUUCAACUUGGGUAAAAGAUAAUUUCUAUCUCUUGUAACUAUGGAGGAAGAGACAAUCAUGAGUCGGGGUGGCGGACUGAAAUAGUUCGUGAAGCUGAAGAAUGAUAUUUGGAAGCUCGGUUAUAGAUUGAAACUAUUGAGAGAGAUUAACUAUUAGCUGUGUAUUAUCGAGCAAUAAUAUAUCAAACGACUCUUUUAUUAAUAGUUGAGACUUUUAAUACUGGC